AUGCCCUCCAUUCUUAUAGAGUCUUGCAAGGACCACGGCGAAUUCAUGGACGACAAUACUCGCUACAAAUUCCUUUACUAUCACGAUGGACCCCGAAUGGUACUCGCUCUGGGAGAGUCGCCAGAUAACGACUACGGUUUCCUCCCACCUGCUAAGAAUUUAUUUCGCAUGAGAUGGAACUGCACUCUCGAAAAACAGGCGAGGGAUUUGAUCAAAAACUGUCCUGCCAAUGUCACCGGGGCACCAGAAAAAGGAAUGAAUCUCUACCAUCACGCUCUAACAGGCACUACUGACAAAUAUGCGAAGUAUCAGUUCAUAAGCGAUGCGGUAGACUACUGGCUCUUGCCAACGGACACCUAUGCCUUGGGACCAAAUGCUACCUUUACUGAUGAAAAUUUGUACACUUUCGCCAAUAUGGCUUACCAGAAGAUUUACGAAGUCGGCUGCCAUUAUGAACAGUGUGGAAGCGGAGGCUCAGUUACAGCUUCGGCUUGGUGUAUCUACAACACCUAG